UGGCCAAUGACGGCCAAGGACUUCCCAAACCCCGAAGCAUAUGAAGUCAUAACCCAGUGCCAAGGCCAGAAAUGCCCAGUGCUGGAGUAUCGAAGCUCCAUUGACUAUCCCGUGGGUGAUUAGGUGAGUGCGGGGUGAUUGAAUGGUGCGGAGGUGAGAACAGGAGUGUUGCAUCCCAAGCUGGUGUGUUAAUGUAUAUCCAACUAGCAUGGUCAACAACAUAAAUCCUGAACAUCAAUUUGUAAGAAGUGAUGUACACUGAGGUGAAGGAGUCCCCUCAAAGAAGAAUUGUGAGGAAUGGGAAUUGAGUCGAUCUCAAUAUCGUUCAGCCCCAGCCUUACUGGCUCGGGCGCUUACCGGCCUGGCGAGACUCUGCAUGGAGUGAUGACGCUCACCAUCGGGGGCCGGGAUCCCCACAGCCUGUCCUCCUUGCUGGUGAAGGUGCGAGGACUGGCUAGAACCAGAUGGAAGACGUCUUCUGGCUCAGGGAAGAACCGGCACACCAAAACGCACACGGAAGACCUGUGGCUCUUACGGGAAGACAUCUUCUUCAUCCGAGGGCCAACCGUGGAAGCUCUGUACCCGGGGACGUACCAGUACCCGUUCUCAUACACGCUGCGCCGCAGCCUGCCGCCGUCGUUCUCCGCGCAGUUCGGCCAGAUCAGCUACAUGUGCAAGGCGCGGGCCAUCAGCAGCGACUUUUUCUCGUUCAACGGCAAGGAGGAUUUCACCUUCACGGUGCUACCGCUGCUGGAUCUGAACGCGGAGCCUCAGCUGGCGGAGCCACUGGUGGUGGAGCGCGAGGCGGAGCAGUCGCUGUUCGGCCACGCCAUCGGCCAUUUUCGGAUGACCAUGUCGCGUCAGGGCUUCAUCGGCGGCCAGCCUAUCGACAUUACCAUCGACGGCCCCGACCGCCUCUUCCAGAAGAUGGCCAAGGCUAGCGGCGUGGUGAAGCUGAAGCAGAGGACGGUGUGCACAGCGCAUGGGCGCACUCGCGAGACGAAGACGGACGUGAGCGCGGUGACGGUGGCCGGCGUGCCGCAGCGGCCGUCCGGCUGGCGCAGGCUCCAGCUGACCGUGCCGCCGCACCAGGCCAUCACCAUCAGCGCCACCACCUGCCGCAUCAUCACCGUCACCUACUACAUCAAGGUCUCGUCGCGCCACAUCAACCUGCACCUGCCGCUCACAAUCGGCACGGAGCCGUUCGCGGCCGGCCCCGCCUGGCAGCCGUCGCCGCGGCCCAGCCCGGCGCACCCGGCCACCGUCACCAGCGCGCAGCGGUACGACUUCGCGCCGUCGGCGCCGUCGGCGCCGUCGGCGCCCUCGGCGCCCGCCUGCCAGGCGCCUGACUACGACCCGCCGCCCACGUACGACGAGGUGAUGCGCGCCGGUGAAGGCGGCGGCGACGGCGGCUUCACCAAGCUGGCGGACCUGUGAGCGGCGCCGGGCCGGUGCGCCGUCCGCGCGCCUGGCCAGCGCCGGCGUGCCUGCUUCGCCCUGCGCCGCCGCAUUCCUGGCAGCACUCUUGCAAGGCAUUGCACGCUGAUGUGGCCUUUGGGGUAGACCCGUAUUGGCUCCGUAGGUCUUUGUGUCUAUCACGGUAUUUUGAGCACACAAAUGUGUUGUUUUCUCAUGGAUAGUCUUAACUGCUUGUCGCCACAGUGCUCGUCGUCUUUUAUGUGUGUGUUCAUCAAUUAGCUGUUCCGUGGAGGCUGCACACGCCCCGAAGCUUCAUCAAUCAGCUGUUUCUUGAAGGCCGCACACGCCCUGAGGCUCCAUCAAUCAGUUGUUUCUUGAAGGCCGCACACACCCUGAAGCUCCAUCAAUCAGUUGUUCCGUGGGGGCUGCACACGCUCCAAAGCUUCACCAAUUAGUUGUUCGUGAGGACUGCACACGCUCCGAAGACAGCCACCCUCAGCAUCCACGCGUAGCACCUGGCCAGUCCGCUGAUCUGGCUGACGGCCUGGUAUGUUGUCUGUGGGACGCCGCGUGCCCAGCUCACUGGUGCAAAGCGCGGCGUCGCCUGUACCAGCUGUGUUGGUUUGGGAGUGUUCAGAUGUUCGAUGCUCCGGUGUUGUGGUGCCCGGCACCGUCGCGCGCGCGCGCAGCGCCAUCUACUCGUCGCCGGUGUCAAACGUGUUGUCCCGUGGUGUUGUUGCGUGUUUGUCCGGGGUGGCACUCGUUGGUGUGCUACCCAAUGCGGGCUAGGCGCCGUGUCCUGCCGCUGAUAUUGACUGUUACGCAAACGUGAUGUUACCAAUGUGACGCUGAGUGUGUCUUGCGCUUAUUGAGUGGCGCCUUGGCGUGUUACUUGUUUGUCUGUUUACAGCCAUCUUUUGAUCACACGGGAACUGAAACUCAACGACUACAGCAUAAAGAUAUCAUCCACAUUGGCACUGCCUUCCCUGGAUAGUGGGUUGUAAUGACACUCCAUUAACUCGCGAACGUCUUUGCCGAGUGAGUUGGCAUGUUCGAACUGAUGAUGGGAGACCUUUUGGUGGCCGAGAUGCGCCAUUGGUGGCCCCACGCGCUGUGCCGGCGAUAAUGUUUCUCAUGUGUUGUUUUCGAAUGAUGUGCGUAGCUUUUUUAGAUCGCCGCCGUGUGUAGGUACUCGCCACGUGUCCGUUCCGCUAACUACUAACUGCGAGAGCCGGAUCGGAAGGUUCGGUCAUUAAUUCCCCGGCGAUCCUUUCUCCAGACCAAGUUUCAUAGGAUCUAAGCUACGGCGGCUGUGGUCUUGGGAACGCGGCUGCCGUGUGGUUGGCUGUAUCAUGCUUGGUUAGUGCGCUAGCAUUUGGUUGCACGUCCCGUGCACUCAUGGUUUGGGGUGAUACGCGGCGUGAUGCGUGUGGUUACAAGGAAGGUGCAUGGGCGUAGCGCCCCACGUGACUCCGCUGCUGGAUCUGUCUUGUGUUGUGCCUUCUCUGGCAAUCAUCUGGAUAUUUGGAUAUCUGGAUGUUUAUAUCCGCAGGCGUCCACAGGCUCAGCAUACGACUAUCUGUACAAGAUACUCUGCACUCUGCGGUCGCAUGCUCUGUGUAUUCCGGGCGUCUCGUACAAAUGACCAAUGCUGGGACGUGCUCAUCUCGGUUUUGCUCGCUAUUUUCGGGAGCAUGUAAUGUGGCCGAGGUCUUCGCGGCAUACGACACAAUGUCGUCGGGAGACCAUGAUUGUUGUGAUGCUGUUGUGUGCUUUGAGAUACUGGACUAAGAUAGGUCUGAACACAGAAAAUGAAGCACUCGCCGCGCGUUCCUUCUUCAUGCAGCCUGAGACAGGAAUGCAAUGUGUUGUGUCAGGGGGAGGCUGA